GAGACGGAGCAGCCAUCCGGCAACCCUUACGGCGCCGCGAGCUACGAGGUCUUCAACUACGCCGGAGCCCCGCCCGACAUCUUCAAGGAUGGGCUGGCAAACCCUCACCAGCUCACAGACGAGCAGCUCUGCUUCUACAGCCUGUGCCCCUACGCCGCUAUCGCCGCCAGGCCGCCGGGCGAGUGCCUGCCCAUCAGCGCCGCCGGCGUCACCUACGCCGACGCGCCCCUGGCGAGCGUCGGCGGGGUCGCGAGGGAGCACGGCGCCGUCGUCCUGGAG